AUUUAUGUCGAUGUUGUCAGCUUGAUGUACUGUCAACUGACUGUCACAUCGCAUAGAGAAGAAAGUGCAUCAGCAAACAUUUGCUGCUCUUCAAUUUACUGAAAUCCUGUUGCUUGAAAGUCAAAACGGAAAAAAGGUGAGCAGAAAGGUCAGCAGUAACUCUAGAGGACUCAAAAUAUGGCUUUUGAAAAUGACCGACAAAUCUUCCGAGAGAGGCUACAAGAAUUCCCCAACCUUUUUCAGCUGAAACAUUACUCUCAACUGCCGUUGAAUAGAAUGGAAAAAAUUUUAGAGACAUUAAAAUCAGAAAGAAUUGACGAUAGCAGUUAUCGUUCACCAGCAGAAAGCACAUGCAUAUCUAAUCUCAUCGCUUUUCUCUUGUUUCUGGCAAAUGAUGUGGACAACGCAGUCGAAGAGAUAAACAAAGUGUUGUCAUCGCCCAACAAUGACACCAAUAUUGUUGCUUUGGCCAACAUGGCUGUAAUAAAGUGGGAAAUAGGCGACAGGAUGGAAGGAGAAACCAUCAUUGAAAGAUUACAAGAACUCAGUGAGCAGGGAAACUUUGAAGACAAGGUGAUAGACGCCAAAGCUGAGAUGGCCUACUGCUACUCCAGAAUGGGGAUGUCCUUUGCUUCAAGAGCAGAAGACAUUUUUGAAGAAGUCGUCGAGGCCAGACCACACGAAUACACUUGGAAGUAUGGCUUGGCAAAAAUUCUACGGCGUUUUACACAAAGUACUUACAUAUUGUUCUUUCGAAUAUCUUUUGAAUUAGCGUCUCAGAAGUCACUAAGAGCCUUUGACCUCCUUUUGGAAAUCAAGAAUAGCAGAGCUCCAGGAGGAGAAAGAGCACAAGCUUUGACCGAACUGGGCUUGUUGUUGCAGCUUAAGUGGAAUAAACAGUUUUCCAGGCUCGUGGACAGGGCAGAAGAAGAGCGCAUAACAGCUCAACAGUGUUUCGAAGAAGCUGUGGAACUAGCACCAGAAGACCCCUAUGUCCUCACACACGUCGGGAACUUUUACAAUUAUGCAAAGCAGCUAGACAAAUCUCGACAACUACUUCAGCGCGCCAUUGAAAUCAGGCCAACAACAACUUCUUACCACUUGUCUUGGGAAGACACUUGUACACAUGUCAAUUAUCCAAAGUCAUAGCCAGUCGAGAGAAAACUGCGUUCAAGAGGCGAUCUUUUAUUAUAAAAAGGCGAUUGAAGAAGCUCAUGGGGACAAUCCAAAAGCCACGUACGACCUCGGAUAUCUGUAUGAGCUCACUGGAAACGAUGAUCAGGCUCUUGACCAGUUCUCUACACUAAUUAACCAGUUCGAUCUACGAGAUGCCCCAGCGCAGUUUGAUCAAUGCGCAUGAACAGGCUGGGCUCAUCUACAUGAGGAAAAAGACGAGAGACGAAAGACAAAGACAACAGUACGCUGCCGAGGGCUGUAGGCUGCUGCAAGCUGCUUUGCAGAUGGACUGUCAGGUUGUUUCGUCUCUUCUUACUUGUGGGCCUGACCUCACAGCAGCCAGGCCCUCAUUCUAUGACUUGGGCUGUGUAGUAGCCAGCGGGACGAGGUCUUCAGAACAUCAGCUGGUAGAGUUAACCAAGCUUUUUGACAGGAUAAAGAACUACGCAGAAUAUCUUGAAUGUUCUGAAGGAUAUAUCUGUAUACAGAUCACAGUACACCAACGAUCCAAAUAAUUUGAGAGAAGGUUACAAAGCUAUGUUAGUCGCAAGCAGUAUGAUCACGCCAUUUUAUUUUUGAGCCUUCUGGAGAUAACAAAAGAAAGAAAACUAAUCAAUCAGUGGUCAGAUCUUCCAAGGCGAUGUCGUUUACUGGCUGCUAGGGAAAAGCUAAUGAAUAUAGCCAAAGCCCCACCUGGUUCCAUUGAUGACAAGAUGAUAAAGAGAUGCUUCGUUCAGGCAAUCCAACCCGAAUUCUCCCAAAAUAAUGAAGCGAUCCAAAGGAAGUACGUUGACGAUGGCUGGAGUAAAGACCAGGAUGAGAAAUGGUGGCACGUGAUGAUAUUUCAUGACGUAGACGAUGAGUAUAUGAAGGUCAAAGGUUUAGCGAUUAAGGACAUUUUACAAAACAUGUGUGGACUGCAUGUGACCUGCAUGGCAGAUGAUAAUGACGAUCUGCCAGAUGACAGUGGUGAAUCACGAAUAGCCGAAAAGGCUAAUAACUCGCUUAUCCUGUUGUUCUCUGUGGCCCAGAAGGACAUUCAGGUGGCUUUUCGGAGUCAAUGAUGCAGAUGCUGAGAGAAGCUCGCUCCUCUGCUGAUUGCGAGCGCCAAGACACUUCUGGCUCUGCUGAUGGACAACGCUCGGCCUCCGGACAAUCUUCAUCCUGAUCGCUGCUUGCAAUGCCCGUCUCCUCUCUUCGGACCCCAUGCUCCUUACACUCCGGAACUCAUCGAAGCUGUCCACAUGUUGUGCUGUUUCUUGGCUGACGUGCCGAUGGACACGUAGAGAAACAAGGAGGAGACGGCGAAGUGCUAGAGGAGGACAAAGAAAUGAAACAAAGGAGGACAGAAAACGGGAAAGAGAAAUUACUGCAAUUGCUGUUGUCACCAAUAAUAGCUUUGACUCAGAUUGUCGCAUUUACAUAUUUUAUUUUGCCCGAUCACUGUUAAUCAUUAUCUUGUAAUUUGAAACUUAAGACAAAUUACCUCACUUACAUUACUUACAAAAUAAAAUCAUGUGAUUAAUUUUAAUUUAUGAAGUACAAUUUAAUCAGAUUUGUGUAUUUUACAUUUCAUGGAUUUGAAAUGUUUUGAGAUAUUGCGGUUUCUCAAGAUUUAAACUUUGAUAUAAAAUGUGUCGCAGUACCUUCGAUGUGAGGAAUCCGUUGUAGUAUUCUGCGCUGUUGAGUACAAUUGUUCUCUAGCAAAGUAUGUUUAAAUAUGCUGCAAAAUAUUCUCUGAUAGCUUAAAAUUAUACCAAACAGUUUAUGACCCUUGUAAAAUAUU